UUGUAGAAAAAUGGCUGCGGUGCAGUGGCGAUCCAGAGGGCGCAACUAUGAGGCAGAGCUGCAGAGAUGUCAUCCUGAGGCCUCUCCGAUUGAAUUUGGAGACUACCAUCCCCUCAAACCCAUCUUGGUGACAGACACAAAGACCCGCCGUGGGGCUCGUAAAGGCAGCACCUCCUCGUCUUCCUCCUCCUCCUCCUCGGCGCCCCCGGACCCCCUCAGCUCCAUGCUGGAUGGGACCGACCCCCUCUCCAUGUUUGCGGCAGCCUCGGCCACUGAGGUUCCUGCCAUGUCACACAGCGCCUCCACAGGGGACCUGGGGAGGAAGAGGAAGGAGAAAGAAGAAGAGGCAGUGGGACCAGACUUUGAGCCCUGGUCGUCAAAACGAGGAGAGAUCCUGGCCCGGUUUACCACCACUGAAAAACUCUCAAUUAAUCUCUGCAUGGGCUCUGAUCGAGGAAAAGCUCCAAGUCCAGGAUCCUCAGCUGUUUCAGAGAAAGUUCGAACUCGCCUGGAGGAACUCGACGAUCUGGAGGAGGGUUCCCAGAGAGAGCUGCUCAACCUCUCCCAGCAGGAUUACGCUAACCGCAUCGAGGAGCUGAACCAGUCCCUGAAGGAAGCCUGGGCCUCGGACCAGAAGGUCAAAGCCCUGAAGAUUGUCAUCCAGUGCUCGAAGCUUCUGUCCGACACCUCUGUGAUCCAGUUCUACCCCAGCAAGUUUGUUCUCAUUACUGAUAUCCUCGACACUUUUGGACGGCUGGUAUACGACAGAAUCUGGACCAUGUGUUCAGACCCACGACCCCUACCAGACUCGUUCACAGUUGACGAUGUGAAUGACACGGCCAAGGAGACGUGCCUUAACUGGUUCUUCAAGAUCGCCUCCAUCAGAGAGCUUCUGCCCAGACUAUACGUUGAGGCUGCCAUUCUGAAGUGCAACCGCUUCCUGAACAAGAGUGGUAUCCCGGAGACACUCCCUCGGUUGACAGCCAUGAUCAGAGGGAUCGGAGACCCUCUGGUGGCAGCAUAUACCAGAGCUUACCUCUGCAGGGUGGGCGUGGAAGUGGCCCCCCACCUGAAAGACAGCCUGAACCGCAACUUCUUCGACCUGCUGGGCACCUUCCGGCAGAUUAGUGGGGAGAGCGUCCAGAACCAGCUGGUCAUGCAGAGGGUGGAGGUGCCCGAGUACCUGACGCUCUACUCACCCGCCAUCAACUGGAUCCUGCAGUGCAUCGCCUACAGAGCUCCAGAGCCUUUACUAACGGAGAUGAUGGAGAGAUGCAAGAAGCUGGGGAACAAUGCAUUGCUGCUGAAUUCAGUUAUGAGGGCGUUCAGGCCAGAAUUUGUCGCAGCCAGGGCCACUGACUUUAUCGGUAUGAUCAAAGACUGUGACGAGGCCGGCUUCCCAAAGCAUCUGCUGUUUGGAUCUCUGGGUCGCAGUCUGGCCUGUGCCGACCCUCCAGAAUCUGAGCGACUGACGAUCCUGAAUGAAGCCUGGAAGGUCGUCACCAAAGUCCGCAGUCCUCAGGAUUACAUCAACUGUGCUGAGAUCUGGGUGGAGUUCACCUGCCGACACUUCACAAAACGUGAGGUCAACACCGUACUGGCUGACAUCAUCAAACACAUGACCCCUGACCGGGCGUUUGAGGACGCUUAUCCUCAGCUGCAGUCAGUGAUCAGGAAGAUCCUCACCUACUUCCACGACUUCUCCGUCCUCUUCUCCAUGGAGCGUUUCCUGCCGUUCCUAGACAUGUUCCAGAAGGACAGUGUGAGGGUGGAGGUGUGCAGAUCCAUCAUGGAGGUCUUCAUCAAGCACCAGGUGGAGCCCACCAGAGACCCGGUCAUCCUUAACGCCAUGUUGCACAUCUGCAAGACCAUGCAUGACUCUGUCAACGCUCUCACUCUCGAGGAUGAGAAAAGAUCUUUGUCUCUGCUGAUCAUUGGCUUCAUCCGCAUGGUUUCUUUUGGUCGGGACUUCGAGCAGCAGUUGAGCUUCUGUGUGGAGGCCAGAGCCACCUUCUGUAACCUGGAGUCAGUGAUGGUGCAGCUCAUUCAUGUCAGUACAAAUCUUUGUUUGUAUGUUCAAUUUGUGCGUGAUAUCCAUACACACACACACACACACACACACACACACCAUCCUCACUGUCCACCUUGUCAUUUCCAGACGGUGAACCAGCUGGCGAUGGAGACCAGCAGGGUGAUGAGAGGAAAUCACUCACGUAAAACAGCGGCCUUUGUCAGGGCGUGUGCUGCCUACAGUUUUAUCACCAUCCCGUCUCUCAGCAGCAUCUUUAGUCGUCUCAGCCUCUAUCUGCUGUCUGGUCAGGUUGCGUUAGCAAACCAGUGUCUCUCCCAGGCGGAUGCUUUCCUAAAGGCAGCAGUCAGUCUUCUUCCAGAGGUUCCUCGCUCCAUCAGCGUGGAAGGAAAACUUCGCUCUUCUGAGAGCUUCCUGCUGGACUUUAUCAACAACUUCCUGGCUACACUACUAGUUGUCCCAGACCAUCCAGAGCAUGGCGUGCUCUACCUUGUCCGCGGUCUACUCAACAUGGUACAAGAUUACACCUGGGAGGAAAACAGCGACGCCAAGGUGCGGGUCUACAUCAGCGCUUUGCCCCUGCUGGCUGCCAUGGGCCAAGAAACCUACCUCUACUCCAUCCCUAAAGGUAAAAAUAUCAAUGAUAUUGAUAUCAAUGAUCACUUAUAUUUAGAUCUCAAAAAAACAGGAAUUUUUAUGUUAUCUUUCUCCUCUUUCGUGGUCUCAGUGGACUCCAACGAGACACUUUAUGGAGGAGACCCCAAGUUUCUAUCAGAGAUCAACAAGCUGUGUGAAACUCUGAUUGGACAGAUCCUGGACCACCUGAAGGCACUCAGUCGGGAUGAGCAGAGCACACGGCGUCAAGGCGCUCUGGCCUUUUCCCUGUUUGGCGUCCUGCUCGCUCACGGUGACCUGAGGAACAACAAGCUAAGCCAGCUGGCUGUCAACCUGUGGAACCUCAGCCACAAACACGGAUACUGUGAGACUCGAGUUUCGGUGAGGGAGACAUUUUACACUUUUCUCAAGCAGCUGCACCCAGACUUAUUUAAAUUGAUGCUCUACUUGUUAAUUUCAGCAAACGUGCUUUGUGUGAACACAGCCUGUUUCUUCUCUCUGCUCCAGGUUCGGACUCUGGAGUACAUCAAACACCAGGCUCAGCAGGCCGACAUGAACCACCUGUUGGAUACAGUCCAGAGGCUGCAACUGCAGUCCCGCACCUGAAUAUAAACCUCAACAUCAUCUGUAAAAUGUCUGUGCACUAAGUUUCUGUGAAGCACAAAGAAAAAGAAAAAAAGGCCUGAAUGUAUUUUGUGUGAGGACACUUUAUGAAGAUUUAACUUUACAUUUUGGCACUAAAUAUUUACAGUUAGUUUGGACUAAUAGGAAAGACCCAAAAUUGAUACUUUAAGACUGAACUGAAAGCUGUUUGUUCGGCAAAAUUCCAUUCAAUGUACAAUAGCAGGUCAUUAAACUAUCGUAGAACAUUAACCUGCAGUGAAACCUUCAAGGAAACUCUGUGAGGUUUUGUUUGUUGCUCCUAUUCAGUGUCACAAUCUGGGGGUACGUAAAAUAAACUAUGCGACAAAAAUGUUAAAUGAAUCAACAAAUUAUUCAAAGUUUACAAAGGAAGUGAAAUGACAUUCCUCUGCAUGUUUUCCUGUCUUCUGUUAAGUCACAAGCUGCUGACUUCUCUACAAAAAGAACACUGCAAACAAGCCAAUAUGCAUCAGAUCUGCUGCAAAGAUUAGGCCUAAUUUUUCUGUUGAACUAAAAUGGCUUCAAAUUUUGAAAAACGUGCCACAGUCUAAAAAAUAAUUUUAAGCAGUGAUACAUCUGUCAGAACUGUAUUUUUGCUGUCAUUUGCACCGGUUACUGCAGUGUUCCCCUGCAUAUCAAACAAAGUUAGUUAUCUUUGACUGAACUUAUACCACAACUGCUCUCUGUAUUGCAACAUUAUGUAUUUUUAAUGUGUCUUCAUCAUGCAUUUGUAGAAAUAAACAAUCAUUCUGCUUUAUAUUUAAA